AUGUCAACCAACCCGAGCAACUUACCCAACCCUGGGGCCGCGGCAUUCAAUCCUUCCCAGACGGGUCCGGAAGAUGAGAAAAUGCUGGAGGAAAUCGAAGCGGAGCUCAUGGCCCAGCAGCAAGUGGGCCGUCUCGAGGGAUCGUCCUCUAACUUUCUGAGUGCCUACACCGAUUUGCCCCCACAUGCCGACGAAUUCUGGUUUCCCGAAUGUCGAAACUGUCAUUGCUGCAAUGGGUACAAACACGGAUGUACCUGUUGCGCCAAGCAGGGCAUGCGCCAGUGCCAAUGUACUACCGGUCACAUGCCCCCUCCACCACAGCUGCAUCAGCCACCACCGCCCACUGGAUGGAUGCCAGCUGCUCCCGGUCCCACUGGAGGAGGUGGUGGAGGAGGUGGCAGAGGAGGUUAUCAUGGUGGCCAUGGUGGUGGUGGAAGAGGAGGCGGAGGAAGAGGACGUGGAAGAGGACCUCCUCCCCCCUGUCGCUUCUUUAAUACCCCAAACGGAUGCCGGUUUGGUGACAAUUGCCGCUUCUCGCAUGGCUACUAG